GAAUGGAGGUCGAUAUACAGCUCAUAUUUUUAUCGUUUAAAAUUUUCAAUUAUUUGUCGUAGUUGUUCGGAAUAAUUAGUUUAAUAGCUUGUUAUAAUGCUAGAAGUAACCGUAAGACUGGGUUGGCUUUGUUUUCCUAAGAUGUCCCAGGUGGAAAAUGAAGCAGUGGUAGUGGUGACAAAAAGUGAAUCCGAGAAGAAUCAGCAGUUUAGCAAAUUGCCUACGACGUUGGUUUCUGUAGUAGAAUUGGAUACGAUAAUGCCUCCCGGAAUCAUAGCUAUUCGAGUUUUAUUUUGGAUGGCUAUAAAAUCUAUAAACGUUUUGUAUAUCCCGAUCCUAAUAAAAAGAGCUUUUAGAAAAUCAAGAACUUGCCCUCCAGUCAAAAAUGAACUCCUCCUCUUGUCUGCUUCAGAACUAGCUGAGAGAAUUAGACAGCAAAAGGUAACAUGUGAAAGCGUUAUUAAGGCUUACAUAGCGCGUAUACAGCAAGUGAAUCCAAUCAUCAAUGCAGUUAUAGAAGAUAGAUACCAGGCAGCAAUCGAUGAGGCCAAACGGAUAGAUCAGUAUCUCUCAAGCAGUUCUAGAAAUCUGGAUGAAAUAAAAGAAAAACAACCACUUCUUGGUGUUCCUAUAUCGAUAAAAGGUAGUAUCGAAGUAGCCAAAAUGAAGAGUACAGCUGGAAUGGUAACCAGAGCCAACGUCAUAGCAGAUCAUGAUGCAGUUACCGUAAAAUAUGCCAGAGAAGCCGGAGCUAUACUUUUGGUAACGACCAACAUUCCGGAGUUAUGCUUAAAUUGGGAAUCGACCAAUAAACUUGUAGGAACGACAAAGAAUCCCUACGAUACGUCUAGGACUUGUGGAGGAUCAUCUGGAGGUGAGGCUAGCCUUUUGGCAACUGCUGGAUCUAUUAUAGGCAUUGGAUCGGACAUAGCUGGAUCGUUGAGACUUCCCGCACACUUUUGUGGCGUUUGGGGCCAUAAGCCGACUCCGGGGACGGUCUCUAGUGUUGGUCAUUAUCCCAGCUGUAAGCAUGAGGACGUGUGGAAAGCUGCCUUUACUUUAGGACCUAUGUCGAGAUACGCAGGAGACCUGAAGCUAUUGCUACAAGUUAUUUCAGAACCAAAUUUUAGAAACAAACUAAGAUUGCAUGAACCAGUAGACGUCAAGGAAUUAAGAGUAUUUUAUGUAGACGACAUUCAGUCAGCACUGACAGGCAAAGUGAAUGAGGAAUGUUUGGAAGCAAUAUACAAUGUUGUAGAACAUUUAGAACAAAUAUGUCAUACUAAUGCUGAAAAGAUAGAUCUCCCGCUAAUGAAACAUGCUCCUGAAUUGUCAACUCUAUCGUUACUGGAUAUCGAUGACGUCGACAAUUUGUUCUCAGGAAGAGGUGAAGGAUCCAUAACGGAACUGUUCAGAUACAUGACAUUCAGAUCAAAAUCAGUACUGACUGCCAUUCUCUACGGAGUUUUAAGAAAACUAUCGACCCACCUGCCUAGAUCUACCACAGAGUAUUGUAUUAAAAAGUUGGAAGAACUCAAAACAGAUUUUGUCAAGAUUCUCGGAACAGAUGGAGUGUUUAUUAUUCCUUCUUUUACUGCCGAAGCUCACUAUCACGGGGAUAUAUACCGGAAAGUAUUCGAUUCUUCGUAUUUAUCUAUUUUUAAUUCGUUGGGAUUGCCCGUUACCAAUUGUCCUGUAAAAUUUAGCAAGAACGGCCUACCCAUCGGUGUCCAGGUUGUCGCAGCUCCGUAUUGUGACAGACUAACACUAGCCGUUGCAGCAGAAAUCGAACGUGAAUUUGGAGGUUGGCGACCCCCAUAUAAAACUUAAGUUUUAAAAUUUCACUAUUAAUGUUAAUCAUCCUAGGAUAAUUUAUUUUUCUCUACAUCAUAAACACGUAACAUUACGCAUGGAAGUCUGUGAUCUUGGUUAUAUUUUAAUUUUCUUAGAUGUGCAAAUAAACUAUUUUUCAA